UCAACAACUAAAAAAUUUGUUUACAUGCUUUGUUCACUCACGUUCCAUAUUCCGACAAUGCUGUCCGUUGUGUGUUAAGAAAAAUCGCCGCGGUCAUUCAUAGUGAUAACACCGUCUGGAACGGCACGGGGAAAACAGGAAGAGUGUGUUGACCUCCACCCGAAAUUAACCUAUAUAUCGGUUUGUGCGGACAAAAUAGUUGUCGUGAUGUGGGCGCAAUGGGGGCAUGUUUAACGCUAGAACGUGAAGAAGGCAGGGCGAAGAAGCGCAGCGAGGAAAUCGACCGGCAGCUGGGCGAAUUCGCCAAAUUACAAAACAAUGUCAUCAAGAUACUGCUUCUUGGUGCCGGAGAGAGCGGGAAAAGUACCCUAGUCAAACAGAUGAAGAUAAUCCACGCGGACGGCUUUACCCUCGCCGAACUGAGCAGCUACCGGCCAACGGUGUUGGACAACCUGUUGGCUUCGAUGAAAUACGUCCUGGCCGGCAUGGGCAUCUUGCGCAUCAACCUGGAACACAGCAGGAACAAGGCGCACGCCCAGACCGUGCUCGUGGCCAAGAGCUGUUUCGACAUGGGCUUCGCGGUACUCCCGAACGUUGCAGCGUCCUUGCAGGCGCUGUGGUCGGAUCGAGGCGUCCGUCUGGCGGUGGCGCGAGGUUAUGAAUACGAGCUGAACGAUUCGGCAUUAUAUUUGUUUGAGAACAUGGAAAGAAUCUGCGACCCGAAGUAUGUUCCGAAUGCCACGGACGUGUUGAGAGCGCGUGUCCGAACUCAGGGCAUAAUCGAAACGCAGUUCCGCUUCCGGGAGACGAUUGUCAGCAUGUACGACGUGGGUGGACAACGUUCGCAGCGCCACAAGUGGAUCUACUGUUUCUACGACGUGCGGGCGGUGCUCUUCGUAAUCGCGUUGAGCGGUUACGACAUGACCCUACUGGAAGAUCCGACCGUGAACCGUCUGGAGGAGAGUCUGAAUUUGUUCGGACAAAUUGUCAACAAUGCGUUCUUCCGAGACGCAAGCUUCGUACUCUUUUUGAACAAAUUCGAUUUGUUCAGAGAAAAGAUUUUAUAUUCGCAGCGACAUCUACGGCUCUAUUUUCCUGAUUAUAAAGGACCAGACAAGGAUGUAGAUCGUGGUGCGUUGUUUAUACAACACAAGUUCAUAUUGAAAAACAGCAACUCGAGGAAGUUUGUUUAUCCGCACUUUACGACUGCCACGGACACUGCUAAUGUGCAGGUCGUGUUCCAGGCCGUCAUGGAGAUGGUUAUGACGUCGAACGUCAGCCAAAUUAUGCUGCUCUAACUAGUUUAGAAAGUUAUUUGUUUUUUUUUAAAGCUUUUAAUUAUUAUUGAAGAGAUUAUGUAACUUAUAAAUAUCUGAUAUUCGUUAUGUAAUUUUCAGUGUUUUCGCCAAUUGACGUUAUUUGAUAUUAUGUAACAUACAACGAAACUUAUAGACUUAAUCAAAUUCUCAAACGUGCCAAAUUGAAAAUGGUAUUUUUAUAUUCUUGUUUUUGUUAGUAUAAGUCUAUUUUGUACCUUGUGUUAAAAAAUAAGAGUUCCUAAACUGACAAAAUUGAGAACUUGCCAAUAUUUACAAUUAACUCUAAAAAUAAUCGUGCAAUCCGUACUAGACGUGAAUUUUUUGUUGUAGUUCACAAUUUUAUAACUGUUAAGUGUACCUUAUAGAUAGAAGCCAAAAUAGAAUGGAUCUCACUGUGUGUUCUAUGUUAAAACUAACACGAAGUGACCGUAUACAUCGUCCAAGUUUACAGAUUAUUUUCCCUUAAUCUAUACUGCCAUUUUGUGGGAGCCUGGACGUUGUUGUAAUAUUACUAAUAUUGAAUUGUUGUGCAUAAAAAAUUGCUGUGAUACGGAGGCCUUGAACGAUCACGAAACGCUGGACGCGUAAAAGCGAAGUUUUGACCGUUGUUCGGGUGUUAUGUGGCACGUUUUUUCUGCCACAGGCAGCUGCAAAUGUGCCACUCUUUACAUCACAAUUUAUUGUGAUAUAAAUGUGCAUUUUAUUUUUUUAAAGCCUAAGAUUUAAAUUGUAGGUUUUUGUUUUUUUUUUCAUAAAAUUUGCAAUAAAGUUUUUGUAGUAAU